GACAGGGGCGGCGCGCCAAUCAAAUAUUCCAAAAUCUAAUCACCGCCCUAGCAUCCAAGGCCCGUAAGACGGGACAGUCCAUUAGAGCUACCUGCUGGAAGGUCCAUCUUUCUUAAACUGCGCAAGAUAAAAAUUAAUGCGAAAAAAUAAAAGAAGUAGCCUCCGUCUUUGCCUGAUUAUAUCUUCCUACGAGUUUGCUUUGGCGGCUCUGCCUCUCUCUGUAUUUCAUCCUCUGAUUUGUGUGUGUUUAAAGUCGAUUGGAUUUAGGGCGGAGAGAGAGUCAGAGAUCGAUGGCAUACCAGGGAGGAAAUCUAAGGUCGACCUCCAUAAAUGGGGUCAAGACGUACACUAUAUCAUCUCAUCAGCGUUCCCUUGCUACCUGGCUCCCCCCUAAGAAAUUGAGGGCUCUUCGCAAAAAUAAUGACUAUCUGCAAAGGGUGGACUUAAUCCAGGAUUUGAGGUUUGAAACUGCAACAACCAAAAUUAAGGCUACACCUGAUGGAGAGUAUCUUAUUGCAUCAGGUAUUUACCCUCCACAAGUCAAGGUAUACGAGCUGAGGGAACUGUCUUUGAAGUUUGAAAGGCAUUUGGUUUCGGAGAUAAUUGAUUUUCAGAUACUGGGUGAUGAUUAUUCAAAGCUUGCAUUCCUAUGUGCUGAUCGUACCGUUUGUCUACAUGCAAAAUAUGGAAGUCAUUACAGUUUGCGAAUCCCAAGGAUGGGAAGAGAUAUUGCAUAUGAUUACUGGUCUUGUGACUUGCUUUGUGCUGCCUCUUCACCAGAUCUAUACAGAAUUAAUUUAGAACAGGGACGUUUCCUCUCCUCUCUUAACACCCAGUCCCCAGCUCUAAAUGUAGUUUCUCGAAGCAACCUUCAUGGGCUGGUUGCUUGCGGUGGCGAGGAUGGUGCUGUUGAAUGCUUUGACAUGAGAACAAGAUCAUCAGUUGGUAGGAUAAAUGCCGUUGCAGCUGCAGGGGAUGUUGACCAGGAGGUAACAGCGUUGGAGUUUGAUGGAGAUGCGGGCUUUCUCAUGGCUGUUGGAAGUAGUUCAGGAAAGGUUCUGAUAUAUGAUUUGCGUUCUUCAUGUCCUAUCCGAAUUAAGGAUCACAUGUAUGGCAGUCCAAUAUUGGACAUCAAAUGGCAUCGAACUCUUAAUUCUGAACGACCGAAGUUGAUUACUACUGAUAAUCAUAUUGUUAGAAUAUGGGAUCCCGAGACGGGGGAUGGCAUGACCAGCAUUGAACCGACUGGAACAAUAAAUGAUAUAUGCGUGUUCAGUGACAGUGGAUUAAUGUUGCUCGCUUUGGAUGGAAGCCAGAUACCUUCAUACUUCAUACCUGCUCUGGGGCCUGCUCCCAAAUGGUGUUCUUACCUCGAAAAUUUAACGGAAGAGCUGGAGGAGGGUGCACAAACAACCAUAUAUGAUGAUUUCAAAUUUCUGACAAAGGAGGACCUUGAGAGGUUGAAUUUGACAAAUUUGAUUGGUACUAACCUUCUAAGAGCCUACAUGCAUGGCUUCUUCAUUGAUUAUCGAUUGUAUAAAAAGGCACAAUCCUUGGCGGAUCCAUUUGCAUAUGACAACUAUAUAGAGCAGCGUAAAAAGGAAAAACUGGAAACUGAACGUGCUUCACGAAUUACGAUUAAGAGGAAACUACCUAAAGUUAACCGUGUUCUAGCAGCUCGCAUUCUUGAAGAUGAAGAAGCUGAAAAUGAAACUAAAGAUGCUGAUGGUGAUGAUAUUAAGAAAAAAUCAAAGAAAAAGAAAGCUCUUAGUAGUGAUGUUUUCAAGGAUGAGCGAUUUGCUGCAAUGUUUGAAAAUAAGGACUUCGAAGUUGAUGAACUCUCACAAGAGUAUAUGUCUUUACAUCCUAUGCCUUCUAAGAAGCAACCAUCAUUGGUAGAGGAACAUUUUGAGCCUGUUAUGGAGGAUAUAGAUGAGACUUCAAGUGAUUCUGAUGCUUCAGAGGAACCUCAGUCUUCUGAAGGCAAGAUCCUAAAUGAAAGCAGUAAAGUUAAAAAAAGAUCUCGGGUUCCAAGAUUGUAUGAAGUAAAGGAUGAGCGACAUGCAGAAGCAUUUUGGAACCGUGUAUCCCUUGCAAAGGAGGAUGCUCUUCCUUUAGGAGAGCGAGUGGCAGCCCUUCAAGAUGAACAUCAGGAUUCUCGUAUCCCAAAUGAUGUUAAGUUGGGGCCUGGAGGAUCACGAGAAAUUUCCUUCAUCACUAGGAGCUCAGCCAAAUAUGAAGAAGAUGAGGAAAUACCACAUCAAAAAAGAAGGGGAAUCCAUUCACUAGGGCUGAAGCCUGAUAGAUCAGGAUUUCAAGGCCGUGGGAGAGGAAGAGGGAGAGGCAGAGGAAGAGGAAGGAGUGGGGGGAGAGGCAGAGGAAGAGGUCGGUGGUGAAGUGAACAUGUCUUGCGCUCAAAUUUUGAUUGGUUACUAAAGUCUUCUUUUUCUCCUGCUCAUAGAUUUACCUGUUUAUUGGUGAUUCUACUGAUAAUAAUAUUUAAGGUUGAGCAGGGUCAAUGGCACUGGCGAUGUGUAAUGCUAGGUUUUGCUGAGCUGGGGAUUUUAUAAAUGUAUUACUGGCGGAGUGUGAGUGAGAGAACAGCGAUGGGUUGUUGGGAUUAAAUGAAUUACUUUAACAUGCUCGUAUGAGUUUUUGUAAUGUUUAGAUUACAGUUUUUUCA